CGUCAAGUUUUCAUAGUUUUCUUUCAUCCUAUGUACAGCAAAUUUGUUUGUCUUGGAACAAACCUCUUGAAAAUAAUCUUCAGUGCUUUGGAGGAGAAAGUUUAAUAUCUUCAGUAAAAACCACUAUUAUCAAAAUACAGUAAAAGUACCAAUAAACUGUGUUGUAUGAUAUUUGAUGUGUGCUGGAAGACUGAUCGUGUUAUGUCUUAAGACAUUCCACACGCUUACCACCUCGUAUGGGUUCCAAGGCAGCAGCAAUGUCUGCUUCUUGAAGUUCUUUAAAAAUUGUAUGGGAAAUGUGAAACUGUAGAUUUGGGGUUUCCAUGGCCGUGAGGAAUCAUCUGGGUUUUGAUGCUGUAUAACAGCACAUUGGUACAUGCCAAGUCUACAGUGCCGAAACGCAGAUUGUUGUCAUCUAUACCUGACAUUGUACCAAAACUGAAAAUUUCCCCACCCCAUCCUCACAGGCACUGUACACAUAAUUUUGCACAAAGAAGCAGCACAGUGUGAUUAUUUUGAAAUUGAUAAAAAUGUGCUGUUGCCACAGAGCUGUAUCAUGAGGCUGGGUAGCUCGGUCAGUGGCUACUGACUAGGUGAUCAAGAUGUUAACCCUGGCAGGGACAAAUAUUUGUCUUCCAACAUCUGUGUCCAGACCUGUUAUGGGUCUCACCCAGUUUGCUGUGCAGUAGGUAGCAGGGUUCCAUUUGUAUGGGGUAAAGCACAGCCUAGGCAUGAAAUUGGCCACCCCCAACCAGUGCCGAAGGCACGAAUGAGUAGGAGUGAAACUUUUUUCCCAAGGCGCGUCUGUGUCCAGCUUUAUUGUACAGAUCGGCACUUUUUCAUAACCUGAAUUUUUAAACGUCCCGCCACAUCUCAUUUAUCUGCAGACUCGUUGAUUGUUAUUUCGGCCGCUGAUGGCGCCAGAAUUGUGGGUUUCCCUGAACCUCCGUGCUUUCUCAAUUUGAUGUUCGUGUUUCCCCACAUAAGUCACGUGGUUAAAAUGCUCGUUCUGGUGCGUAUUUUGGACAUGUUGACGACUGGAUGUUACAAUUUACAAAUCAAAUAGGAGUGCCCCUUGAAGUGUCUGUUACAUUGUCCAGAUGUUGGAACGGGAAAGUGGUAGGCGGCGUAUUUUCGUAGUAUCUGUACUAAAGAAUCAGCCAUGGCGGUAGUGGAAGGAAACAAAUGUGCUCAGACGUCACUUGGAAAACUGAUAACGGUGAACACCCGGAAGUUAGAAGUGUGUGGAAAAAUGGUGCUGGAAUUUGGACAUACUCGUAGUGCUGAUACUAAAGACAGAAGAAGAGUGCCUUCGCUCUAUUUUCAGUCUGCGUAUUGCACAUUAUGUUCUAGUUAGUAUUUGGUGUUUCCCAUAAGUGUUUUGCAUCAGAAUACUGUGUGGCCGUGUAUUCAUUUAUUCCACAACAAAUUCUUGUUGUUACUUGGUGUGUUACGAGUACAACUCUGGAUGCACAGUCUGGUUGUGUAAGAGCCCCCACCCCACCACCAGUGGGUUAUUGAUCUACGUGUUGUGGUGGGCACAUUAUCAAACGGCUGCCCUGAAUGUGCCAUACUUAGGUGACAUAGACAUUAGACUGAGCCACGACGACAAAGUGUACUUUUGAAAUUGUUAUUACAGACUUAGAAGGUAGUUCUGCUUGUGAAAGUUUUCUUACGCACAUCAGUCCUGAAAGCAGAAGUAACAGCCACUUCUUUAACAGGCUAGGUGUGCUGACAGAAUUAUAUUUUACAUUAAGAAAUUAAUCUUGCCAAAUACAAGUGUGACCCUUCACAUCCACUGAUUUUCUGUGUUAGCAUUGGUAAGACUCAGCUUCUUUUUGAUGCUCUAUAUUGGCAGUAUAUGAUGAAUUGAACAUUCAUUAUAGAGCAACCAUACAUCAAGAUUUUUAGUCUUUAUAUGUCCCCUUUCAGUACCACAGUAAGUGUGGUUCUUCACACCGAAACACAGCACUUGCAGUAGCCAUAGUUAUCUCAGUUCCAGUUCCUAUAUUCCUAAAUUGGUUAUUUGAGAUCUCUAGUCACAAAAAGUUACGCAUCUACGAAUGGAUUCGUGUUUACUUGAAUACUGCAGAUGUAAGGGGGUUUCAACUUGAGAGAAGACAAAAUCAGUUUACAGAAAAAUUUGUGUAGCAUCACCCGCAUGAAAAACAGAAUUGUUUCAUUGAACAGAGAGGAAAGUGGCGUCAAAGCAGCAGCAUCAGCUUCUUUACAGGAAUAUGUCACACACAAGACAAGUUGACAGUCGACCUGACAUGUCUAAAGAAAAUUAUGGAGCAGUGCCUUUGUACAGGAUUCCAGCACAGUCAAUACAAGAUGGGUCUGAAAAGAUACCUCGUCUAUCCGGGAUUGGCAUCGUGCCAAAUGACUUUAAGACGCAGACAGUAAGGCCUCAAUUUUCAUAUGAACUUCUCAGAUCUCUCACGUCACAUGGUGAAACAGAAUUUCAAUUUAGAUUAGGAGUGACUGGUUUUGUAAUCUUUCGUUACGGACUUCCGCAACAACAUGAAAGCGAUGUGUUGCAGCACAGUGAAAAGAGUAAUUUCACUGCAGAUGAAUUUGCAAAAGCAGGAAUUAGAAUGCCUUCAGAGUGUUCACACAAACAGUGUAAAAUAACAGAAUCGUCAGCAGUAUUGAGGAUCGAAUUAGAAAUGCCUCUAGACCCAUUGAAACCAAAUCAUAUUGCUGUACCAAAAAUACCUUUAUCAUCCAAACCAUUGAUGGCAGCAGAAGUUGCUGGUAUCACAUUACCUGAACAUGUACCAUGCAGUGUUUUAACAUCAUCUUCAAGUGACUUGCCUCAAAUACCUGUCACUCUAGAAAAUCUACCUCCCUGUAACCCACCCUCUGAAUUCAAGGCUCUGAUAUCACAGGCAGAACUAUCCCUGAACCCAGGUGUGCAGGAUGUGUGGUCAUCUACAGCAGUAUAUGAUAAACAGUUGCAUAAUUUGGGUUCAGCUGCAGAACCUACAAGCAUGCAAGAUUCAGUGCCACUAGAAGCGUCUAGUGCAUCUGACAGACAGCUGUGUGGACAAGUGUGCAAACCAAGGAAAACUGUUUGGGAUGUGCCACACCUUUUGGUACCAAUUUUUGCGCCAUUGUCAUCAUGUUCCUUACCCGAACACGUGUCAGCUUCCACAACAUGGACGCUCGUUACUGGUUAUGUGGCCGUUGAGAAGUACUGCCUUAUGUAUGUGCCAAGUAGUGUGUUGACACCUACAACAGUAAGCGACACGCUGUCAUCAAACCCUAGAGAAACGCUGUCUGGGCCAUCCAUGAAUGUAGACAAUUCUUUACCAGCACCCACUUCUAAGUCAGAUUCGUUCUGCCAUGGUCAGUACAUUGGAAAUAUCUUUAGUUUGGGUUAUGAUAACGGAACAAUAGAGUUUACAAUGGACAAGAAAGAGCAGAAGGCGUCAUUUUGUCGAAGUAAAGUGUAUGUAGAUGGGAUUAGGAUUGGCCACCGGUCCAAGCUUCGUGAUGUUCUAUCUUGUAAGAUGCCUGUCACAUUCAAUGUGAAACAGUACAGAGGUGAGUCUUUCAGUUACAAGGCAACCGCUGUAUAUGUUGAAACUUUUGGUAAAGGACAGCUGGAAGUCUGUCAUGUUGCAAGCGACUCAGUUGCAGGGUAUGCGAGCGGAUCGUCUGAUGAGUCUACGAAAGAGGAAGCUACUCUGCAACAAGCAGCCACAGAAGAUGAAAUGUAUUGUGGGUAUGUGAUAUAUCUUUCUCCAGAUGUUUGGAACAGUUGCCCUGUUGAACACAGGGCUGUAAGGAAACAUAUGUAUGACUGUGUUUGUAGGGUGUGCACUUUUGAACAGAAAUUAACAAGUACAAAGAGUUGUAAAGAGUUAACAGUAAGAACAAUUACUUUGCCUGGAGAGAAGAGCAUUAUAGCAAAAAGCACAGAUAAAACCAGACAGGAAGUGACUGGAAAGACACAUUUAUCAAAGGAAAUACUGAAUACUGUUGCACCUUCAACAGAUGUGGGUAUGUUGAAUUCAGCAUCAAAGCCAGCAGUCUUAGUGGAUGAUCAGGGAAAAGUGAAGGUACCAAAAUUAUGUACAGAAUUCAAACCACCAGACUUUGCAAACUCAUCAGGACUUGUAGAUUCAUUUAUAUCUCGAACUCAGAAGAUAACAACAUCAGAUAAUGGCACAAAUAUAUUUUCCACUAGGAAAACAAUCACCUCUUAUUCUACUAUUCCUUUGAAUCACCUGCCUAAAUCAGCAACAAAUAUAACUGGAAUUAUAGAGUCCACGUGGUCGAGCGAUGCUGCGAUAAUGAUCUCAGCCAUUCACAAUGUGAAAGUAGGAGUUCUUAUUUCUAGCAAAAACCUGUAUGUUGAUGGGAAGCAGUGUGCCAUUACGGAUGUGGUCAGGCAGCACCUUGUCGAGGGCACCGUGGUGUACGCAGAUGUGUCUAAACUGACGAAUCACCCAUCAGGUGCAGCAUAUUUUGCAACUUGUGCCUGGAAGGGGAAGAAACCUACAAGUGUGAGUUAUUGCAGCAUGAGGCAUUGUAAUAAAUGUGGAAUAAAAACAAAGAGAUGUGUAGACUGCCUCAACAGGCCAUGUGCUAGCAUUGUUAAUCUCGCAAGUACCGAUAGUAAGGUGAAUGUGAAACAUAAAGAUGAUGGUGUUGCAAAGAACUGUGAAGGCAUGUGUAAUGAUGUUCAGAGAGGUGCAAACUCCUUUGUUGAAGCAGGAAAACAAAGGAUAAAGAAUUUGGAAGAUGGAGUAUUUGUUGGUACUGUACAAAGUUUUACAUUGGAUGAUGGAUUUGGAGUGGUAAAUUUCCAGUUUCAGAAUGAGAAGGUAAAAGCAAUAUUUUUCAGGGAAAGCAUUUUUGCUAAAGGAGUUGCUCUUACAGAUAAUCAAGUAAAGGAUGAGAUCACUGCGGGAAGAUCGGUUGAUGUUAGUGCUGUUAGCCCUUACUAUGGAGAAGACAUACCUUAUGCAGCACGCAUAGACAUCGAGCUUCAGGACCGGAGGAGUCAUUCAGUAGUUGCAGUGAGUGGAGUGCAGGAAGAGAAAAAAGUUAAGACUAUUAUUACACAUGAUUUGGAGCUUCCAACUAGUAAAUUUGCAGUUAAACAGAGAGAAAUGUUUUAUGAAAGCAGACUAUAUUAUGACUGGGACAAUAAGACUGAAACAUGCAAUGAUAAAUGUGAAGAUAUUAACAUUUCUGAACUUUCUGAUGAAGUAAAGACGGAGGGGACGUCGGAUCAAGCCCAGACGCUUGGCGAUGCAAAUGUGACUGCUUCCUUGAAUAACAAAGAAGAGAUACAACUUCCUGUGACCCCUACACAGUACACAGGAUAUGCCACAUAUUUGAAGAGGAAUGUUGCCAGAGUAAAAAGGUAUGAAUCUUCCACUGUGGGAGUUCUGGAAUGUUCCAUUUACGGUGCAGAAGUGGAGGUUAUGUUCGACAAAAAUGUGGUGAAUUUUAGUGGAAGUAAUGAAAGCACAAACCUGACAGAGUACCUGCCUGUGGGUACAGAAGUGUAUUUUGAAGGCAAAGUGAGAGGAGAAGACUCGCUUCUCGGCUGUCCAGACAUUGUUGUGAGUGGUGUUUGGGAAAGUACGGUGCACAAAAAGAAAUCCACUUCAAAACUAACUAAUUUCCAGAACCUUCAACUCACAUUUCCUUCUAUGCGGGAAGGCCUUGUUGCAGGCAGGGAAUACGAAGGUAUCGUAACCCAGAUACGCCAGCCAUUUGCAUUUGUGGCUACAGUUGCUGAAGGCGGUAAGGCUUAUGAUGUUUUUGUGCUGAAUAAGUUUUUCAGUCCUGUAGAAUAUGGGAUGAAGCUUCCAGCAAAAUGUCCUGUCAUACCAUAUAUAGCUGAAGGAUUCAAGGUGCACAUACUGGCGAUCAGACAGGAAAGAGAUGACAGCAGGAAGAACUGGUACGAGUGGAUUGCUGUGGAUGCAUGGACUGAGCAAGGAGACAAUGCGUUUCCAGACAAUAAACCUGAACAAAGAUGCAUAUCUAAGGAAUUGAACACAGAAGACCUAGAGGGUGUAAUAGUGACACUACAUCCGGACCGGGGUCUUCUCAGAGUGGAUCACAUCAAAGACGAGGUUACAUUCUUUGGACAAAGCAGUUACCUGUUUGGAAUCCAAUUAGCAAUGCUGGAUCUUUGUAAAGUGUUCAGAACUGGUGAAAGGCUGUGCUUCAAAUUGGCAGAGAAGACAGCAAAGUCUGGCCUGAAGAAAGCAUCCCGAGCAUGGUUUGGAUCAUCAGAUAUGCAUGAUAUUGGUCGCAGAAGCGUGAACAUCUUCAACUAUUGCAAAUCUCGCAAAAUUGAUGAGGCAGUUCUUUUGAUAUUGACAAAUGAGUUGGGUAAGCAGCGUCAUCACCUGGAGACUAGAGGGAUGAUUGAGACUUCGUCAGCUGAUGAAGAGGAAGAGGGUGGUGCAUGGCCUAAACCAGUUAACAAGAACAAACCGUCAAGACAUACUGCAGCCCUCGUUCCUGAUGCCAACGAGGAAAAUGGUGACCGUGAAAAACUGUAUUGUAGUAACAGUCUGUCAGACUGUGACAAUAACGUCAUCUACGUCAGUGAUGGGGAAGAAGAAAAGUAUGAAAUUGGCUGCACAGAAAAUUUUUCAGAUCAGCCUGAAUCAAUGGCAAGUAUCCUCCCUUGUUUCAGUGACACUUUAGCAGUAGCGUCUAAUAUAUGCACAACAAAAAUAGUUGAAGAUUCAGCAGUUAAUAAUACUUCAGCUGUGAUGUCUUCUUCUGAAGUUACUAACUUGGAAAGAACAGAAGAUUUCAUUGAGGAUAGAACACACUUAGGAAGUACUAUUAGUCCGGAAUCAGAACACGAUACAUUACCGGUAACUGUCAGAGUCACAGAAGAGAAUGGAUGUAUAUUUCCUGUUCCUUCAACUGGAACAUCUCAACAACAACAACAACAUAUGAUUCACACUCAGAGCAGAAACGUAAAAGAAGGUCAAGUCACAAGCGCAUCCACAGAGCAGUUUGAGGGUAACAUACAAACUGCAAGUUGUCAACAGCUGUCAAUGCUUCAUCCUGAGAUGCAACGAAUCCUGCACCUGUCUUUAUAUAAAGCCCUUCAGAAUUAUGGCAUCAAGUCAGACCUAUCACAGCUCAUUGCAUCUCAGGCGGUAACAGUAGUAGAGGAGGAAAUGAAAGCUUUCUUUAGAGACGAGUUGUUUGACAGAGUCUUGAAGAAUGUCUCAGGGUUGGGUUGUGACACUGUGGACGGCCUGGAAGUCGGGGUGAAGACGAAAGAACAAGCAGUAUCACAAUUGUUCGUACCACUGCGAGCGGUUUCGGAAGAGUGGAGACAGAUCGUGUCAGAAAUUGCACCAACUCUUUGUGCAGCUGGUACACAGAACAAAGAACGAGACGCCGUAGGCCAGGUUCGGUCAGGCCCCGCACACGCCAUUGAUCAAGCAGCACAGACCAUCUCUACAGGCAAUGUCUUCUUUCUUAAAAUACUGCCUGAUUGAGAUUUCAGGUUCUUGCACUUGCAAGUGUGAUGAUGCCUGUUUUCUGGCUUGUUGCAACGACCCACAAGACAGCCAUAUUUUACUGCCUCGUUCCUAAAGUCUUAACACUUGUGAUAAUAUGACACUAUUUUUUAUGAAUUUUAUACUCCAUCAGUUUAGAUGGGAACUGAAUUUUAGGUGUAUUAUAAAUUUAAUACGAGGAUCUGAAAGUAUAUUCAGAGUAGGAGAAAAUAGUGUUGUUUGUUGUGGAGGGUAAGCAUAAUGAAAUCUUUGAUGUUCUUAUAGUCUUUGACUUACCUCAUAAUACCCUAUCUUCUUAAAUUGUAUUUUUCAUACAAUCGGUUAUACUUACGUAAUUAUGAACCAAGAUGUUUGAGAGAACUGUAUUUUCCCAACUGUUUUCAGAUAAUAAAAUUGCCAUUGUUAUUACCAAAUCA